CCACAUCCGCCGAAAUGUCAAAACCAAUCGACCGCCGUCUUCCUUUCCGUCACUUUAGUUUCGAUAAAGUAGACACAUUUUGUCAAGACUAAACGGUCACAAUGGUACAGCGACUGACUCUCAGAAGACGCUUGUCUUACAACACCAAAUCCAACAAGCGACGAAUUGUCCGCACCCCGGGUGGCCGACUGGUGUAUCUGUACGUCAAGAAGCAGCGUACGGUGCCGAAAUGUGGCCAGUGCAAGGAGAAGCUGAGCGGCAUUAAGCCAUCGCGCCCGAGCGAGCGGCCCCGCAUGUACCGGAAGCUGAAGACCGUCACCCGUACCUUCGGUGGUGUGCUGUGCCAUCGGUGUCUGCGGGAGCGCAUCAUUCGCGCCUUCCUCAUCGAUGAACAGAAGGUCGUAAAGGUGCUGAAGGCCCAGCAGCUCGGCAAGCCCGUUAGCAAACCACCGAAGAUCCCGAAGGCUGCGGCACCGGCCACCGCCAAGAGCAAGUAAACCUGCGGUAGCUGGUUUAUUUUUCGUGAAGGUGUGUGUAAUGUUUAAGGAAUAUCCAACAAGUUGCUAUUCGAGGUUCAAAACAAUAAAAUUUGGAUAAAAAUCGGA